AUGGACAGCUCCAGCAACGGCUUCGUCACCCACGCGGAGUUCUGCGACGCGUGCCGGCGUAUCAACUACCGGGGCAACGUGCGGGAUGCCUGGCACGAGCUAGACGCGGACGGCAUGGGCAAGGCUACGCUCUGCGAGCUCGACUGGGCCACUGCGGAGGCCUUGGGCCGGUUCUGCACCACCCUGGCCCAGACCUUCGGGGCCGUCGACAAGGCGGCCAGACUCCUCGGCCUCAAGGGCAACCGCCGCCUCCGAAGGGAGGACUUCCGGUCCCUGAUGACGGAGCACAAUCUGCUGAGCUCGCGGGAGGCGGACGGCAUCUUCCGAAUGAUGUGCAGUCACGACACCAUGGCCCGGCCUUCCGUGCGCGAGAAGGAGUUCCAGUGGCUGGUGCAGCUCAGUCCUUCUCUGCCGCGCCCGGGGCGGGUGGCGCCCGGUGGGCAAGAGCUGGAGCUGCCAGGGGAACUUCCCAGCGACCCGAGUUUCGCGGAGCCUGAAGUGAGGACACCACGGAACCGGUCGCAGCCCUUGCGGCGCCAGGAGGCCGGGGACGACGAGGCGCUCUAUGACCGACUUUGGCAAGAGGCUCAGGAGUUCCACAAGAAGAAGCAGGAGAAGCAUGCAAAGGAAGGCCUCUACCGGCAUCCCAGGGAUAUGACGCCUACCAGCAACCCUCGCUGCGGGAACCAGGCCCACUGCGAAAAGCUCUACAAAGAUAGCAAGAGCAAGAUGCAGAAGCAGGAGCGUGUGGAGGCUGAAGAGCGGAAGUACUAUUAUGACCUCUGCCGGAAGCGCCACAAGAGGACGACCCGUGACGAGGAGGUGUGGGCAAGGCUCGUGCAGACCAAGCCAAGAGAGGAGAAGGAAGAGGAAAAAGGCGAUUCCCAGACCGAGCUGCCGGAGGGGACCAAGACCAAGGCCGAGAAGGCGGCGGAGCGCCUGUGGGCCAAGGCAGUCAAGACGCAGCGCGAGAAGAAGGAGCAAGCCGCGAAAGAGAAGCCGGACAUCUCGAUCUUCGAGAAGGAGUGCGCGCGGCGCGAGCGCCAACGGAGCAAGGAGGAGCCGAAGGACGAGCUGCAGCAGAAGAAGCUGGUGGCCGCUCGGGCCAAGGACUAUGUGCAACGCUUGCAAGAAGAUCUGCAACGGAAGCAGCAGGAGAACCGCUUGAAGAAGCAAGAGCUCGAGCGACAGGCGGAAGAGAACAAGAAGCCCCGGCAGCCAAAAGCCGUCAAGGCAAGACCAGAGACCUUCUAUCGCCUGCAUUUAGACGGAAUGCAGAGGGAGGAGGCCUUGGCGGAGCGAAGACGGAUCAAGGAGAUGGAGGAGGAGUACCAGCUGAAGGCCAGGAGCAUUCACAGCCGAUCUGCGCACAACCCUCAGGUCUUCUCCAGGUUAUACUCCAAGACCCCGCGGGAGGCGCAGCUGGAUGCUGAGGAGUCCGCGUACAGCGGCUCGGAGCUCUAUGAGGAUGCGACGCGCCUAGAUGCAUCCUCCUUCCUGGCGCGAGCGAAGCCGGGAUCUGCGUCUCCAGAGCCAAGGGAGGAUGAGUCGAACGGAGAGGAGCCGGCUGAUGAGACGACCCCUGCAUCGCAGGAGCACCGGCGCAGCAGCGAGGAGGACCUCCAGCAGACGCUGCAAGAGCUCCGGGAAGCCCGGCGAAGCCGCCUGGCCAUGAAGGACUGGAUGGAGACCCAGCGACAGGAGCUCCAGGCGACCGCUAGCAGCAGGUCUCGAGUAGCUCCGGGCGACAGGACAGAGGUUCCGCCGGAGUCAGGCAAGCCGGACCUGGCCUCCGCCAGCGCGGAGCUGCAAGCCUUGCUGCAGAGGAGACCCGGAUCAGGCUCCAAGCGCCGCUCCAUGGCGGCGACGAAGCUGUCGCAGGAGCUCUUUGGGGACGAGAGCCCCAGCUCGCCGGGCUCGCCGGGCUCGCCAGCGAGGGAGCCGCCGCUCCCGUCACACUCUUCGCACUCGGAGCUCUGGGGUGCCAUGGCCGGCAUGGUGUCGUGGAACGAGGAGCAGCCCUAA